GACAUAAGGUAUGCGAAGAUUAAUGCCACAUAGAGGUUUAGGUGUGUGUGCCAUUUCAAGUGUUUGGUUUUUGAAAAUUUGGGACCCUUGUUCUGUAAUCAAUGUGACAUUUAAAAUUUAAUGAUUUAGUAGAGAAAUAUUGUAUCCCAAGGAUUCCAUUGAUUCCAGAUUAGCAGAAGCCAAAUAAUAAUUGUCAGAAGCAGGAGUCAUUUUCAAAGCUCCCCCCCAAAAAUUCCCUGUGUCAAUAUAAACAAACUUUUGAUAAUUCACCCCAAAUUGAAAUUUCUGUACAGUGAACAAUGACAACCAGCCCCAGCCUUGCAGACGUGGAUGAUGGCGAGCUGCCGAAACUGGAGGCGAUAAUCAGUGCGCUGAAGUGCGAGCAGACGGGUCACAUUAUGGAGGCGAUACUGCUGUACGAGGAGAGCAUCUUCAAGUUAUCCCAGAUGGCCGAUGCGGAGCCGAGUCGCCGCCAGCUGUGCUUGAAGUACUUGAAGAUGUACGAGGCGCGGGCCAAACAGCUGAGGGAUCAGGUCAAAGGCCACCUGCACACCAGCAGGAUGCUGGAUCACAUCACCAUCGAGCAGGGUGCCAGGGGCAGGAGCUACCAGCGGCUGUUUGGUGCGUACUUGGACGAUUCCGUCCGGGAGGCCCAUCUCAAUGAGCCCCACCUGACGGAGCCGCCUCACUUCAGGAAUUUGCUCAACUUCUUGGAGGUGCUGGUCAAGAAUUGUCGCUAUCUAAAGUAUAUUCGCCUCACAACGCGCCCAGAUGCGGCGGCACCCACGAAUCAGUUGCAGAUGCUGCAGCAAAUGAAGAGCGACCUGGCCGGUGGCAACAUCCAGAUGAAUUUCCAGAUGGACGACAGUUUGCAUGAUCGCAAGAUCGUGCUUAGCUCGGGUGUGGUCAUUAAGAUUGGCCGAGGUCUCCACUACUUUGAGCCCAUGGAGAGCUCUUACAAUCUUGGUCUGUGCGAUUUUGAUUUUCGCAAGUGCCUGGCCACCGAGGUGGACAUCUGGAAGUGUCGUCCCUUCGCGAGGCGUCUUAAGGAUCCACAGGAGGACGAGGAUCGACCGGAGGCCCAUGCCUACUCCAGCGAUUAACAAGAGUGAGACCGUGUUUCCACACAGUCCUUGGGAAUUGGGUCAGCCGUGUUAUCAAAACAGUAUUAGGAAUUCAAUAAAACCAGCUGGUUAUUAAUCGCUUGGCAAACUGAAUGGGUGGCAAGCGCAUUGGGACCGCUAUCUAUUACCAUUCUUGGCUGUUUCAUUGCGUCAUGUGUAGAUCACUAACAUCUAUAAAUGCACGUUUAUCAAAUCAAGUUAUCAAUGAAGUACCUUUAAGAAGAAAUCACUAAGUAGCUCUUCUGUCUGCUGAUACGCAAAAUCGUAAUCUUUUUAGAAUUAAUUCUGCCUAUCCAUUUGAUUUAUAAGUUAGAAGUACAAUCGAAUUAAAAAACUAAU